AUGGCAAUGUCUGACCCCAACACCUAUCUUGUAGAUGAUGCCGAUGCUCGAGUCCGAUAUUCUGCAGGAUGGGAACAAAUGGGAGGUGACAACGAGUACAAUCAAACAACACACUACACGUUCACAGCCGGAGCAUCCUUCACAUUCUCAUUUGUAGGUACUUCUGUGAGUGUCUUUGGGACGAUAGACAACCUCGUAGACAGCGAGGGCCGCAGUCCCAACUCCACCUACGAGCUCGAUGGCACAACACCUGUGGUAUUCAGGGGAAGGCCUGUUCAAGGUGUUAUAUAUCAACAAUUGUUCUACCAAUCCCCCACCCUUCCGAACAUGCCACAUACGCUGGUGGGACGCUCUGCAGAUGCCGGAAGCCGCAUCUUCAUCGACUUCCUUGCCGUCACAGCGCCUCCAGUUACGUCAACUACGCUCCAGCCGACCUCCCAGUCGGCCACGUCGUCAGUUACAUCUUCUAAUACUGAAACUGCGACCAUAGCUGUGGGCUCCGGCUCGUCGUUGUCGAGUAACAACAUCGGAGCAAUUGUGGGAGGCGUGGUCGGAGGCCUGGCUUUAUUGGCGAUCCUGUUGAUCUUGACGUGGUGGUUUACCAGGCGUCGCACAAAGAUUCAAACAAUGGGGCAAAUGGCUGAACAUCAAGUACACCCUUUCGUCGCACCCAUAAUACCCUCAAAUCAGUCUGAUACAAGAAGUGAUUUGCCCAUCCGAUCCUCUAUGACCCACACGCCGCAGCAGGAGUUCGAUCCUGCUCAACUAUGGGAUCCUGCGUCUUUAGCAUAUGCUCCAUCACACAUCGGAGGGGGAACUACCGCCAGUUUGAGUCCGCCAUCCAUGGGAGAUGGUGCUUCGAGUUACUUUCCUGCCCCAGUGACUUCGACAACUGUUGGGCCGCCACUGGGGAUGAAAGGUGGCACCCACCUGACACAUGCCCCAAGCACCUCAGUAGCCACCAGCGCUCGGAGCGACGUGUUGGGUGACGCUCCCCCGCCUGCGUAUGACAGUUAG